CUCCCAGCGACCCCCCGCCCCGGCGACGCGGCCCCGCCGGAGACUCGGCCCUGCCAUGGGAGACGCCGGCAGCGAGCGCAGCAAGGCGCCCAGCCUGCCGCCCCGGUGCCCCUGCGGAUUCUGGGGGUCCAGCAAGACUAUGAAUCUCUGUUCCAAAUGCUUCGCUGAAAAAAGAAAUCCACACAAUGAAAAAGAUUUCCAAAAGAAGCAGCCAGAUGAUGACUCCACUCCCAGCACAAGCAACAGCCAAUCAGAUUUGUUCUCUGGAGAAACAAACAGUGACAACAGCAAUACCUCGCUAACUACGCAGACUGUUAACUCCAACCAGCAACUUUCGACAGAACUGAAUGUAACUUCGCUGAGUAAAGAGGAAUGUGGGCCAUGCACAGGUACACCUCAUGUCUCGUUAACUACACCAACCAAAAGAUCCUGUGACUCUGUCAUAAAAGAUCAAGAUGUUUCUGUCCCAUUUAGAUGUGAGGAUGCUUCUAAACAAGAAAAUUCACAGUCAGAGAGCGAGGCUUCUCCUGUGAAACGGCCACGGCUACUGGAGGACAGUAAUGACAGGCCUGAGGAAACCAGUCGAUCCAAACAGAAGAGCAGACGCAGGUGCUUCCAGUGCCAAACAAAACUGGAGCUAGUACAGCAGGAACUGGGAUCAUGUCGCUGUGGUUAUGUGUUCUGUAUGUUACAUCGCCUGCCCGAACAACAUGACUGCACAUUUGACCACAUGGGACGUGGGCGUGAGGAAGCCAUUAUGAAAAUGGUGAAACUGGACCGGAAAGUAGGGAGAUCAUGCCAGCGCAUUGGCGAAGGGUGUUCCUGAGUGCGAGACUCUGCAACCAAAUGCUGUUCUUAGUUCACUAAUGUUAGCCUUAUUUAGGACAAAGUCAGCCAGACACCUUGUACUGGGCAAGUUUCAGACUACAGCCAAUCAGUUUCCUUUCUUUAGCCAACCGUCCUGGUACUGUAGUUUAGGGGUUGAUGGUGGUUGAAAUUGAUUUCUGGCUGGUUACAAAGGUGCCUGCUAGCCAAUGUAUAAAAUUAAAACAUGAAAAAAUAUUUUUUCGAGCAUGGCUAGUGGAUUUAAAACACAACAAAACAAAAAAUCCAAAGGCUUCUGUUAUUGCUGGAGUCAAACUCUAAAAGCCUUAUGCUGGAAACCUUCCAGCUGCAGAGUUAAAAUAAAUAGCUGAGUAGAAGCUGGUGUAAAAGUUUGCGAUGCACACGGCUUUCAGACAAACUGUGUUUAAUGUGCAGCCUUUCACCUCUUCACUUCUAGUUAAUCCUGAAGAGAUGAAACUCCACUAAGUGCAGCCGUGGUAGCUGCUAAGCCCGGAAGACCUGACUGGUCAUCCGUGCCUUCAUCACGCGUGGCUUUUGAGGUUAGGCAAUGUCACCAGCAUCAGGGAUUCUGCUGGGGAGGGAACAUCUUUCUGGUUCUUCCCAGGAAGCCAAAAAGAGGGGGACAGAGAUUCUUAUGAAAAAAUUUUAUAUCUAACUUGCUGCAGAGAUCCUGUUUUUCUUCAUUUAAAUUAUGGUGAUCUCAUUUUAAAGCUGGUUACAUCCUAGAGCAGUAAACAGUGUGUAUUCUCUACAUGGCAUCCAUAGAAUUUCUAAGCAUUGUCUGACCAGAUUCCACGGUUGUUAUGUAUGCUGACCAGUGCUGCCAUUCCCACCGGCCGAAAUCUGAUUGGCUCUUGUUUGCCUUUUGCUAAGUGCAGGUAUCUGAUAAUUGAUCAAAUAAGGCUAAUUCACAGCAGAGUAGCCAAGGCUGGAUUCUACAGACUGACUUUCUGUAGCUAGACAUAUAUAUUGGGGGGGUGGGGGUUGGGGGGGAAAGGACAUAUUGUAGCAAACAGAAUUCAGUAACAGUAUUGGGGAACAACCAGGAAAGCAUCCCUCAUCAGCUUGAGUUUUAACAAGAUAAUCAAAUGGGCUAUGUCAGCCUUGUUUCUAUGCAGCUCGAUGCUCUCAUGAAAAUCUCUGCCCGCAAAUAUUGCAAAGCAAGUGAAUGUGAAAUGCAUUACAUGGAAAACUCUGGAUCUGUUUAGACUUAUGCGCUCUUUCACACUGAGCCACAUAGAGCUGAAGUGCACAGAUCUUGUUAGUUUGUAGCA